GCGGUAACAAGAGGCUGAUUUGACAUCGGCCUUGAAGUGUUCACGUGUCGGUACAUGUCUGUAAAUUAUGUGUUUCUCUGCUGCAGAACUAUAAUAAUUUUAUAGCGAAAACCUACCUUUUCCUAUUGAAAUUAAUGCAUUCUUCGAAAUUAUCUCACUUCUUUGCAAACUUUUAUCCUACUGUCAUGAAUCAUAAAAUAAUUAGCGUUAAAGAUGCAAGUUUAAAUCUUAACUCAAUUGUCCAAUUGAUCAGUCAAAAUAAUGGUGUCAUAGCAUUGCCGACAGAUACAAUUUAUGGAUUAGCUUGUUCUGUAUACAAUCCAAAAGCUAUUGAACGAAUACGUCAAAUUAAAGGACGUGCAGAGAAUAAACCAAUGGCUAUAUGUUUAGAUCAAGUAUCACAUAUUUCUCAUUGGUGUGAUACUAGAAAUAUUCCAACUGGUCUGUUAUCGGAUCUUUUACCCGGUCCUGUUACUGUUCUAUUACCACGUUACUCUGAUCAACUUGAAGACCCAUUAAGCAAUCACUUAUUAAAUUCAAAUGAAAAACGUGUUGGUAUUCGAAUACCCGAUUCCGGAUUUAUACGUAAACUUAUCUCAGCUUUACAUGAACAAACAAAGAAUAACAACACUGGUGAUGAUCGUAGCGGCGGUGGUCAUCCAUUGGUAUUAACUUCAGCAAAUUUAAGUGGACAGCCGUCAGCAAUUCAAAUUGAGGAAUUUUCCGAGAUUUGGUCAUCGAUCGAUUUGAUCGUUAAUGGUGGUCCGAUCCAAUCGGAUUUGUGCUCUGUUGACUCGGAUUGUAGUCGAGCUGGUUCAACUAUCAUAGAUUUAUGCGAUUGUGAUAAGUCGGUUUAUUCUGUGAUACGAAAGGGCAGUGCAUUCGAUGCAACAGUGGCCAUAUUAGAAGAUCGUUAUCAUUUGUCUGCAACGAAGUCCUCCUAGACACACACACACUGUGACAAGUGAAAUUUUUAAUUCAAUUUCAUUCUUCUUGUUUCUUUUAUCACAAAUACUGGUCCCAUGUAGAAUUAAAAACGAACUACACUUGUAUUUGGUCACCUCAAUCAAUCAAUCAAUCAAUAGCAACGUAGAACUUCGUACGUACGUACAUACAUACGUACAUCAGUUCAAGUUGCCACAUACCAUAUACGCACAGUUUGAUCCCUUUGUUCUGUAGGUCUCCCCUCCCCCCCCGAAAGAAAAAACGCGCCAAAAAUAUAGUUUGAUGUGUGAUGAGCUUGUUUUAUUUUGCUCUUCUCUUUUUUUAUCAUUUUCUAUCCCUUUUUUCCUGUCUUUAUCACUUCCAAAAAAUAUUUUAGAAAGAUUUAUUUUAUCCUCUAGAUUACGUUAUACUUGUAGAAACUUCUGUAAUCUUUAUGUACACUGGAUUCUUGAUGAACACAAUACUAUAUUGUAACAUUCCUUAUGAUUGUUAAUCUUACUUAUUGUUGACAAAAAUGUACCCAUAUAUUUUUCAUUCCCCACAGGUUAAGACAAACACUAUCCAUGACAUAAGAUGAAGAUGAUGAUGUUGAUGUUGUUAAUUUUUUCUGUUUCUGAAUUCGAUUUUUUGUUUUAAAAGUUUGUAAACCAAUUGUAUCGAUUAGCAUGUCAUAUUGUUUGUGUGAAUGGCUGAUUGUGAAAGUGUAUAUGCAUUAUCUGUGAA